AUGUCCGACUACGGUUCGGAUGAUGUACCCCCUAUCACCGAGCCCAGAUGUCCAGCUCAAGACGACGACGGCGGUUACUGUACAGCAGUACCGCUGAUCCCCUGUCCCGAAUGCCUUCUUGUUGCGUACUGUAGCCAGGAGUGCAGAGAGAGUCACUGGUCAAAACACCACGUCGAGUGUGUCGUGGGCUUCUCUCCCCCGGACGACAACAACCCUGAUCUUAAAAAGGAUGAUGAUUCCUGGAAAGAUCCUUGGUUCUGGGCCAAGCAUGCCGCAACUGAUGUGCUAAACCUCGAGAAGAACGAGGGUAAAGAGUUUGACGGCGCUCUUGAUAUUCUCCUCGUGGGAGAGUCGAGCCUCCGCCACCUCAUCUACAGCAUCUGCAAACUUCCAGACACGGCCAACCCCAAGAUUAGCGCUACCAUCAAUGAGACUUCUCCCAGCCACCUCGCUCGCUUGGUCUUGACAGCGCUCCUUCUCACCGACAACUCGUUCGACCCAAUCACAAAUGCCGAAGCGGUGGUUCACCUCUGGUAUUCAGCAAAGCUUUCCUCCACUCUAUUUAAUCACAUAGAGCUUGUUGCAGCCGAGCCUCUUUUGACUGCAAUGGAAGAUUUGGACAAGCUCUGCGCCGAAAAUCGGAUUUCGGAGUGGUCGCAAAUCAUCCGGUUUGUGAAAAUAUCCAAACACACAAACGUCGACAAUGCUUCCAUCAUCAGAGGAUGGGAUUGCAAGAAUUAUUCGGAGCCUUUGUAUCGCGUUCUCAGGCGGAUGACUCCUGUCAGAGCCACUGGGAUGAUGCGUUGGCGGUCCGACGGGCUCCUGCUGCCUUAUGGACAUCCCAGAGAGGAGUUCAACAUUCUCAAUCCGCUCUUCUUCCCGGACCACACAUCCUAUCCUGUUGGAGCGACUCAGGAACCCCUUACAGAGUGGCCGAUGGAACUUCUCGAUCACCCCUGCGGUCCAGCCCAGAAUGAUGUCUACGGCAAGAUGUUCUACUACGUCAGAGAUUUAUGCAUUGAGUUUCAGCAACGCAUAAAGACUCUCCAGCCAGAGAUUCGCAUCCUGUCAAAUUUCAUCCAUGAACUUCCUGCUCAACAUACAGUCGGGCACUCAAAGAUGCAAUUCGACCGAAUCGAAGCGGCUCACUACUGGGAUAGGCAGCCCUUUCUUACGCUAGUAUCGUUAAGUGCCCUGCUUCGACAUGAGGAUGAAAACCCGAACGCAGCUUUGUUGACGCUCACUCGACAAAGCGUAAUUCAUCAGAUGGACUCGGUCAAGAAGGACCUUGAUACAGAGAAGAAGUUCACGUUUCAAAGCUCUGGCACUAAACUAGAUGAGCUGGCACCGCCGCUGAAGGUCGGAGAUCCGGAAGAUAGUCCAGCGGCAGUUCGCCGGAGGCUUGGCCUAGUUUUAUGGCGCAACUGGGACCGAUUUUCUGAGCAUUACCUCGGCUGCCCUCACUAUUUCCAUCUGCUCAAUGUGAUCUCUCCAUACGAGCAGACUGAGCGUGGUCUAUCUGCCACAGGAUUCCUCGGCCUAAGUCUAAAGCCGAAAAAUAUUGUCACCCGACGUUGGCCAAACCGCCUAGUACACAACCGCAAGGACAACCUUUCGUUGCGAGACUUCAACCGCUGGCUGGCCUGGGGCGACAAUAUGCCAGAGAGAUGGCUCGAGUGGAAGAGAUUUCACGACGUUGAUGCUGAGACCUGGGAUCGGUUUUUAGAUCUCUCCUUGGCUGAAGACAAAGCGCGGGUUAGAGGAAAAUUAGAAGAGUUGGGGCUCGAAGAUGCUAUCAAGAACGUCUUUCUUGAAGAACUGGAACUCAAGAGUGGGAAUAGGGCCACCGAAGUCUCAAAUGGAGCUGAUGAGGACAAGCAAGAAAUCGACCAAGGAGAAAUCGACGAUGGGGAGUUAGUUGGUAAGGGCAAUGAAGACUCGGCUGAAAAGGCCAAGUCAAAGAAGAAGAAGAACAAGAAGAAGAAGGGGGGAAACUGAUGCCACUAAGAGACUAAUUGGCACUGAUGGCGACCGUCAGGCUAUGGUCCUUGUUGUGUAAAUAUUCUGCCCCGAUGCCAC